AAAGACGAGAAAGCUACAAUAGCCAAGAUGAACCGUCAGCGUGCUAAUUCCAUCAGCCAUAACCCACCACACUGGGGUGUUGACCGGCCCUUUUAUAACCACCUUGGAGCUCACCAGGUCUCCAAGGAGAUGAAGAGAAUGGGUUUUGAGGACCCCAAGGACAAGAAUACACAGGAAAGUAUGAACCCAGAAGAUGAAGUGGAUGAGUUCCUGGGCCGUGCCAUCGAUGCCAGAAGUAUUGAUCGGUUACGCUCUGAGCACGUGCGCAAGUUCCUCUUAACAUUCAGGGAGCUUGACUUGGAGAAAAAGUACUCCAAGCAGGUGGAUGACAGGUUUGGAGCCUAUGUGGCUUGUGCCUCCCUAGUCUUCCUCUUCAUCUGCUUUGUUCAAAUCAUAAUUGUGCCACACUCUACAUUUAUGCUGGGUUUUUACCUGACCUGUUUCCUGAUCCUGACCACGGUGGUAUUUGUUUCAGUCAUUUACUCCUGUGUAAAGCUUUUCCCAGCUCCACUCCAGACUCUUUCUAGGAAGAUUGUACAGUCCAGGACCAAUAGUACCUUAGUUGGAGUCUUUGCCAUUAUCCUGGUUUUUUUAUCUGCCUUUGUCAACAUGUUCAUGUGCAGCACUGUGGAUCUUGCCAGCUGCAUGGCUGCAGAAUACAACAUCACUCCUGGCCAGGUGGACAUAUGCCUUAUCAGCAACCUGACUUCAAACUACAGCCUGGGCACUUUGCAGGGGUUCUGUGACAGUCCUUUGCCCAACUGCAACUUUCCAGAGUACUUUACCUACAGUGUCUUAUUGAGUCUCCUGGCCUGCUCUGUGUUCCUUCAGAUCAGCUGUAUUGGAAAACUGAUCCUUAUGUUAAUCAUUGAAUUUAUAUAUGUUCUCAUUGUGGAAGUGCCAGGGGUCAACCUUUUUGACAAUGCAGAUCUCCUGGUUACAGCUAACACCUAUGUGUCUGCAAAUGCAACGUUAUCAUGCUCUCCAGCAAUGACACGAGUUGCGCUGAAGAUUGUGACCCCUGUCAUCAUUACCGUCUUUGUCCUGGCGCUGUACUUGCAUGCCCAGCAAGUGGAAUCCACUGCAAGGCUUGAUUUCCUCUGGAAACUCCAGGCCACUGAAGAGAAAGAAGAAAUGGAGGAGCUGCAGGCCUAUAACAGACGCCUCCUCCACAACAUUUUGCCGAAGGACGUGGCAGCCCAUUUCUUGGCUCAGGAGCGGCGAAAUGAUGAACUGUACUACCAGUCCUGUGAGUGUGUGGCUGUCAUGUUCGCCUCCAUAAGCAACUUCUCAGAGUUUUACGUGGAGCUGGAGGCCAACAACGAAGGGGUGGAGUGUCUGAGACUGCUCAACGAGAUCAUUGCCGAUUUUGAUGAAAUAAUAAGUGAAGACCAAUUUCGGCAGCUGGAGAAGAUCAAGACCAUCGGCAGUACAUACAUGGCUGCAUCAGGCCUCAAUGAUUCCACUUACGACAAGGAAGGGAAGACACAUAUCAAAGCUCUGGCUGAUUUUGCCAUGAGGUUAAUGGACCAAAUGAAAUACAUUAAUGAACAUUCAUUCAACAAUUUCCAGAUGAAGAUAGGCCUCAAUAUUGGUCCUGUUGUAGCUGGGGUGAUAGGAGCACGCAAACCCCAGUAUGACAUAUGGGGCAACACAGUGAAUGUGGCCAGCCGAAUGGACAGUACAGGUGUGCCUGACAGGAUUCAGGUAACCACAGACAUGUACCAGGUUUUAGCAGCCAACAACUAUCAGCUGGAAUAUCGAGGGGUCAUUAAGGUCAAAGGCAAAGGUGAAAUGACCACUUACUUUCUAAAUGAAGGGCCUCCAAUUAGUUAGCACCGAUUGCAGCAUCACUCAAAGAUGGAAUUUGCGUACACAAGAUUGUGAAUCAGAGAAGAAUCACUUUUUGGGAGUGAAGCUGAAAACGCAGUGCAGUUGAAAUUUUACAUGUGACUCUAGAGCUGGUAUCAGCAAACUCUUUGGCCAUCCAUCAUGAAAGGCAAUCAUCGAAAGAAACCACCUUGGAGUUGUUCCUGGCUGAGCGCUAAGUUGACCAAAGAUGUGUACUACAGAGUUCACAGCUAAGACAUGAAUUUGGAGUUUUAAAAAAGGCUGCUACCACAGGAUGAUGUAAGAAGCUAUUUAAGUAUUUAUUGACGCAACACAACAUUUACUUGGUUGAAGGAAUGUAUGAUUCACUACAAAGCAUUAUUUUGGAAUGGAUUUGCACUCCCAUAAUGUUUCCAUCCCAUACUGCCAGCUGUUUGAAGUGUACCACUGUGCUUUUAUUAGCUGUUUUGAAUGGGCUUUCAAAUUUGACACCCACUAUUGCAGCACACAAAAAGGCCUUUUAGAAGGGCGUCGGUAAUGUUUUAGUGUGAAAAGACAUUAUAGCCCUGGCCCCCUCUUUUCCCUUCUUCUACGUGGCUAAAUGACUGCUCUUCUGCGUGGGGCUGGCACAUCUGAUGAAGGGGAAGAUCAAGAUAAAGAACAAUGGCUCUACAACCAUAUUUAUUGAGAAGUCUUCUGUGCUCUUCUUUGGUAUAUAUCAGUUUACAUGGGAAAGACUAGAUGUAAACAAGAGACACUUUGUGGGGGGAACUCCCCUGAAAUUUGUUGUGGGUUUUUU